AUGGUCGUUCUGAAUCAACAAAGUGCUCAUGUUCCGAUUCAUGAGGAUCAGGAAGGCAUCUCGAUUCAACGGUCCUUUGAGAAGUUUCUGACCGAGUAAGACGUUUCCCGAGUAUUAUAUCCGAUUUUAGAUUCAAAGACGAGAAAGAUAUCUUGUGUUACGAGAAGCCUUUGACCGAGCUCCAGGAAGUUGAAAGGAAUACGUUGAACGUCAAAUUUCCUCAUGUCCAACAAUUCUCCGCUGUACUUUCAACUGCUCUCGAACUCCAGUUUUAUCGGUAUGUUGAUUUGUUUUGAUUUCUUAUUUACUUUUAGGUAUUAUCCUUUCAUAUGUGAUGCUGUGAGAGCUCUCGUGAUGGAUUUGUGCAACGAUGAAUCCGUGAGGUUAAUAAUUGAAAAGAAGCAGAUCUACGUCAGUAUCACCGGAUUACACACCAAGCGCCCCAUUCGAGAAUUGACCACGGAUAAAGUUGGGACAUUGGUCCGAAUCUCCGGUCAAGUGGUUCGAACUCAUCCUGUUCAUCCGGAAUUGUUCAGAGCAACAUUUGUCUGUGAUGAUUGUGGAGUUACUAUAAGGAAUGUCAUACAACAGUUUAAACACACGUUGGUAAGUUAAGGAUUAGGAUUUAAAUGUACGCUUACUCUAGCCAGUGAAAUGCGACAAUCCACAGUGCAGCAAUCGCUCCAGGUUCUCUUUAGAUCCCCACGAUUCUACUUUCGUUGAUUACCAACGUGUUCGUAUUCAAGAAUCUCAAGAAGAACUGCCUUUGGGUUGUAUUCCUCGUACUGUUGACAUAAUUUUGAGAGGAGAAGCCGUGGAAUCAGCUCAACCUGGAGAUCAUUGCGACUUUAUUGGAACAUUGAUCUCAAUUCCUGAUGUGUCCGCCAUCUCUGCUCCCGGAAUGCGGGCCGAGGUGAAGAACAAAAGAGGGCAGCAGAGUGAGAAUGAAGGUGUUAGAGGUCUGAAACAAUUGGGUGUUCGCGAUCUCCAUUACAAACUGGCCUUCUUGUCUACGAGUGUCACUCCAACCAACGCAUCGGUAUGCACGAUGUCGUUAUGUUGUAUUGUUUAGUGAACUUGUAGUUUAACCUAAUAUCUUUUCAGCUGGGUGGUAUUGAAUUUACCCACGAUGAUAUGGAUCAUGAUCAGUUAUGGCAAAACACGAGCGAAGUUGAGAGGAUUAAACUCCGAGAGAUGAGCGACGACCCCAAUAUUGUUCAAAACCUCAGCAAUUCGUUGUUCCCUGACAUUUUCGGAAAUGAAGAAGUGAAGCUUGGCAUAUUGUUGAUGUUGUUUGGGGGUGUCCCAAAAAACACUACAGGCUCCCACCUAAGAGGGGACAUCAAUGUAUGUCUGGUCGGAGAUCCGAGUUGUGCCAAAUCUCAGUUUUUAAAGUAAGUUCCAGGGGUUAUGAUGGCUGACUUUGUAGGACUGUGAAUCGAUUCUCAUCCCGUGUUGUUUACACCAGUGGUAAAGCUUCCAGUGCUGCAGGUUUGACUGCCGCAGUAGUUAAAGACGAGGAAUCGUUUGACUUUGUCAUCGAAGCAGGUGCUCUUAUGUUGGCUGACAAUGUAAGUUUAUUUCUUUUUUGUGCAUCUUCGAUUUUAGGGUAUCUGUUGUAUCGAUGAAUUCGAUAAGAUGGACCAAAAGGAUCAAGUUGCUAUUCAUGAAGCAAUGGAACAACAAACUAUUUCCAUUACCAAGGCUGGUGUAAAGGCCACAUUGAAUGCAAGAUGCUCCAUCUUGGCGGCCGCCAAUCCUAUUGGAGGUAGAUACGAUAAAAGCAAGCCCCUCCAUUACAACGUUGGUUUGUCUGCGCCGAUCUUGUCUCGUUUCGAUUUGUUCUUUAUCAUGACCGAUGAAGUUAAUCCGGUAAGUAUGUACUUUUUAGGUAUCAUUAUUGUUUUUAUAGACUGUUGACUAUGCUGUGGCUCGUCGUAUCUUGGAUAACCAUGAGGUGUGGUUCAAGGACGAAAGUGAACUUCAGAAACAGAAGUACACCCCGGACGAAAUCCGAAACUACAUUAUGUUCGCCAGAUGUUUCAGACCGAAGAUCUCGGACGAGGCCGCUAAAUGCAUGAAAGAACAUUAUAAGAAGCUGAGGAUGGAUUCAGUGAAUCCGGGUCAAAGUAUGAACAGGAAGAUUACUGUGAGACAACUUGAAAGUUUGGUUCGAUUGUCCGAGGCUUUGGCCAGAUUGUCCUGUUCUGACCAAGUUCUGGCCAGUCACGUGGAAAGGGCCGUGAAGUUGGUGAAGGAUUGUAACAAGCCCGUUAUUAGCCCUGAUGUGGAUCUGGGAGAUGAUCUUGAUUUGGUAAUUAAGUUAUUAUUAUUAUGCUUUUGUUGUUCAAGUGUUAAAUUUUUAUCGAUUCGUGUAGGAAGGAGUAAACAUGGACGAUGGAAACGUCUUGAGAGAUGUCAGCAACACCGAGGGAACCGGUCAUGAACAAGACAUCGACCCGGAAAAGUUGAAGAUUAAAUACGAUUAUUACAAAAGAGUUGCCAACAUGCUGGUAUUGUACUUGAGGGGGGAAGAAGAGAAGAACGCCGAAGAUCCUGACUGGAGUGGAGUUAAACAGAAUGAUUUGGUGGAAUGGUAAGCAAGUUUUGCUUCGUUUUGGGGUACUAACGUUAAAUCUGUUUCAGGUUUUUGGAGAUGAUUGAAGAAGACCUAAAAACUGAGGAGGAUUAUCAUGUUCAGAAGACAAUUAUCAGCAAGAUGAUUAAGAAACUUCUCAAAGACUCAGUACUCAUCAAUCUUUCUGAAGACGAUGACACUAAUCCCUCCCUUCUUGCACAUCCUGAUCACGUUGUUGAUGAUAACAUUGAUGUCGCUUAA